UUUGGGAGGGAGAAGUAGAGGGAGGAAGGAGCUUCAAGGAAAAUGGUGACCAGAGACACUGGAAAUUGCAUGUGAGGUUGCACAUCCUGUGAGAGCUCUGCUUGGCAGCUGCACAUGCAGUGGGCGUUGUGUGUUGCCGUCUAUGUGGUGACCAUUUGUGCAGCAGAUGCUCUGUUUUUCAAUGACUGAAACAUCUGGGCUGCCCAGGAUGAUGGGAUCAGAACAGUUGGACGUGGCAGGUGCCUCAGCAUUGGUGAGUGACCUGCGUGCCAAAUUCAUGGAAGGCGUCACCCGCCCUUUGAAAUGGCGGAAACAACAAAUUUUGGGUGUAAAGCAAUUCCUGGAUGAUCAUGCUCGUGACAUUGAGGAUGCGGUGGAGAAGGACCUGGGGAGGUCUGCUUUCCUUACUCAGGUCGGGGAGACUGUUGUACUCCAAGGAUGCAUCAAGAGGACGCUCGCAGACUUGAAGAAGUGGAUGGCGCCAGAGAAGGUGAACGGAGGACCGCUAGUACACCCUUCCAAGUGUGAGGUUGUUUCUGAGCCUCUAGGUGUUGUACUGGUAAUUGGGCCAUGGAAUUUUCCUAUAAUCCUUCAUCUGGAGCCCUUGGUUGGGGCACUUGCUGCUGGAAAUGCAGUGGUCAUGAAGAUGUCAGAGCUCUGUCCUCAUGUCUCCUCCCUGAUAGUGACAUCAUUGCCAAAGUAUGUAGACCAGUCGGCUGUCAGCAUUGUUCAGGGGGGCCCAGCAGUGGGGGAGGCACUUCUCAAACAGCGAUGGGAUAAGAUAUUCUUCACAGGCGGCUUAUCUGUGGGAAAAUUGGUCCUCAGUGCAGCAGCUCAGCAUGUUACACCAGUUACACUUGAGCUUGGUGGGAAAUCCCCCACAAUUGUGGAUGCAACUUCAGACCUCCGGGUUGCUGCGAGAAGAAUUGCAAACACGAAGUUCUGUAUCAACGCCGGGCAGAUCUGCCUUGCACCUGAUUAUGUGCUUGUAGAGGAAGUCGUCGCUAGCCAAUUGGUCGAUGAGCUUGUGAAGGCAAUAAAGGAAUUCAUGGGCAAUGAUGUAUGGAAGGCUGAGGGUAUGUCAAAGAUCAUCAACGUGCGGCACAUGGACAGGUUGGCGAACAUGAUGAAAGAUGCCACAGCAACAAACCUCCCAGGAACAAUCGUUUAUGGAGGGGUUUUUGAUAAAGAAAGGAGCUGGGGCCUUCCUGCUGCAGCGCCCACCAAGGUGAUGAAGAUGGAUGCCACCAUAGCCAGACUUGACAUUCAGCCAUAAACUUUUCAGCAGAUCCCUUCAUGUAAGGCCAAACAAAUUGUCUCAAUAGGUUUCCGUAAAUCUUUGCCAUGCGGAAGUGUCCACUCCGGCCAUGAGCCAAGUCCAGAAAGUGCAUGCGGAGACGCUCAUGGUUGGGCACACACAAACGGUCGUGAUUCCCGUAGCGACGGAAAAUCAGUCCUCCAUACUCGUGAAAAUCAGGCUGACUGUUGGGAUCAGCCUGCAGCUGCUCAAGGAUGGGACUAAGGUCCGGAUCCUUGGCAGUGUGCUCUACGAUCUCCUCCCUCAGUUUCUUCCGGAGGUCGUAGGAAUUCACAAGGCAAGUUAUGCACUCAGGGUGGCGAGACAAUGAAUUGGCAACUCAGUU